AUGAAUCGUCUGUCAAUCGCAUUGGUGAUCGCAUUGUUCGGCUACUCACUGUGUGCACCGGGAUACGGUGGUGGAAGCCAUGAGCAUGAAGAACAUGGUGGACACAAAGUAGAUCAAGGUUUGCACAAAGAAGAACAUGGUGGACACGAAUACGGUGGACACGACUUUGGUGGACACAAAGAAGAAUAUGGUGGACACAAAGAAGAAUAUAGUGGGCACAAAGAAGAAUACGGUGGACACAAAGAAGAGUAUGGCGGACACAAAGAAGAACAUGGUGGACACGAUUUCGGUGGACACAAAGAAGAAUAUGGUGGGCACAAAGAAGAAUAUGGUGGGCACAAAGAAGAACACGGUGGGCAUGACUUUGGUGGACACAAAGAAGAACAUGGUGGACACGAUUUUGGUGGACACAAAGAAGAAUAUGGUGGGCACAAAGAAGAACACGGUGGGCACAAAGAAGAACACGGUGGGCAUGACUUUGGUGGACACAAAGAAGAAUAUGGUGGACACGACUUUGGUGGACAUAAAGAAGAAUAUGGUGGACACAAAGAACAUGGGCACGGCUCAGAUCAUCACGGUCAAGACUUCGGACAUGGCUCACAUCAUCACGGCUCAGAACAUAAAGGUCCAGAACAUCACGGUCCCGAACAUCACGGUCCAGAACAUCAUGGUCCUGAACAUCAUGGCCCAGAUUUUGGGCACGGUUCAAAUCAUCACGAACACGGUGGUCAUGGACCAUCUCAUCAUGGUCACGGUGGGCCUGGUUCAUACCAUCACGUACAUGGUGUUGGUCGACACUAA